CAGACACAUAUAUAGAUACCAAAACUCUCUCACAGAAGUAAAGAGCAAAGUGUUCCUUCUACCCUUCAAAUCCGUCACACAAUCACAAGAUUUUUGGUUCCCAAUGGCUUCCACGAGCACACACACAGUGUCUUCCUCCUCAAACCCUAACCCUAAAUGGAAUUACGAUGUAUUCUUGAGCUUCAGAGGUGAAGACACACGCAAGAACUUUGUAGAUCAUCUGUUCGCUGCUUUGUCUCAGAAAGGAAUCUACACCUUCAAAGACGACGAGCAACUCAAAAGAGGAGAAGAAAUUUCACCAGCACUACUGAAAGCGAUCGAAGAAUCUAGAUUUGCUCUCGUCGUCUUCUCCAAAAACUAUGCAUCCUCCAAGUGGUGUUUGGAUGAACUCGUGAAAAUCGCGGAAUGCAGGAAGACGAUGGGGCAAACGGUGGUGCCAGUGUUCUAUGAUGUGGAUCCUUCGGAAGUGCGGAAACAAACAGGGAGCUAUGGAUCAGCCUUUGAAAUUCAUGAGAAAGUUUUCAGUGGGAACAUGGAGAGAGUACAGAGGUGGAAGACUGCUCUGGUGGAAGCUGCAAAUAUAAGCGGAUAUAGUGUUCCGGAUACAGCAAACGGGCAUGAGUCAAAAUGUAUCGUACAAAUAGUUGAUGAGAUUUUCAAUAAACUGAACCAUACAUCUCCACUUGUUGCCCAAUAUCUGGUUGGAACAGAGUCUCGUGUGGAGAAAAUGGAAUCAUUGUUGUGUGAAGGGUUGGAUGAGGUUCGUUUUAUAGGAAUAUGGGGAAUGGGGGGAAUAGGAAAGACUACUAUUGCCAAAGCUGUUUAUGAUCGGAUCUAUCAUCAGUUUGAGGGUAGUUGCUUCCUCGCAAAUGUUAGAGAAGUCUCAGAAAAACAAGGUCUAGAAGCUUUACAAAAACAACUCCUUUCUGAAAUCCUUAUUUUGGGCAAUAUAAAUAUAACCGAUGCUGUUAGAGGAGCAAACAUAAUAAUAUCCAGACUACGUUAUAAAAGGGUUCUUGUCGUUCUUGAUGAUGUGGAUAAACGGGAGCAACUAGAUGCAGUAGCUGGAGAGCAUGGUUGGUUUGGAGUUGGGAGUAGAAUCAUCAUAACGACGAGAAAUAAACAUUUGCUAACUGUUCAUGGUGUGAAUGAGAGUCACACGGUUGAGGCAUUGAAUGAAGAUGAAGCUAUCCAGCUCCUUUCUUGGAAAGCCUUCAAACAAAGUUUUCCUUCUGAAGGUUAUUUGGAGCUCUCAAACCAGAUGGUAGAUUAUGCUGGUGGCCUUCCAUUAGCUCUUACAAUUUUGGGUUCUUUUCUAUAUGGCAGGACAAUGGAAGAAUGGAAAAGCACAUUGAUUAAGCUGCACAAAAUUCCUAAUAAAGAAAUUCUUCGAGUGCUUAAAAUCAGUUUUGAUGGAUUGGAUGAAAUGGAGAAGGAAAUUUUCCUUGAUAUUGCAUGUUUCUUCAAAGGGAAGCACAAGUGUUACGUGACAAGAAUACUCGACAGUUGUGGCUUCUGCCCAGGGAUUGGAAUACCUGUUCUUGUUGAAAAGUCCCUUAUAACUAUUACAAAUGAUCAUUUUUGCAUGCAUGAUUUGAUACAAGAAAUGGGUUGGUAUAUUGUUUGUCAAGAAUCUCAAGAGUCUAGGAAACGUAGCAGGUUGUGGCUUCGAGAGGAUGUUUGUUGUGUGUUGACGGAAAAUACGGGGAAAGAAAAAAUUGAAGCCAUAGUCUUGGAACUGUCUGAACCAGAAGUUGUUGACCUUAGUUCUGAAGCCUUCACAAAGAUGAGGAAACUAAGGCUAUUCAAAGUCCACAAUGUGGUGUUCAGUAAAGGUCCUGCACAUCUUCCAAAUGAGUUGCGGUGGCUUGAUUGGCACGCAUACCCUUCAGGCUGUCUGCCACCAAGUUUUCAGGCACAGAAUCUUGUUGAACUGAGCAUGUGUUAUAGCAGCAUUAAACAACUUUGGAAAAUAAAUAAGCCUCUGACCAAGUUGAAAGUCAUGAACCUUAGUCACUCCCAUAGACUAUCUAGGACCCCAGACUUCACAGUUGUUCCAAAUCUGGAUACACUGAUUCUUGAGGAUUGUACGAGUUUGGUAGAGGUUCACCCUUCCAUUGGAGUUCUCAAAAGGCUCGUUUUUCUAAGUAUAAAAGACUGCAAAAAUCUUAAGAGAUUUUCUAAUGGUAUUCACUUGGAAUCUCUUCAGACUUUUAUUCUAUCAGGCUGCUUGAAAUUAGAAAAUUGUCCAGAAAUCUUGGGGGAUAUGGUAUGUUUAUCAGAACUUUAUUUGGAUAGAACUGCCAUAAAAGAAUUGCCCUCGUCAAUUGAACAUCUCACUAGCCUUACUUUGAUGGAUUUGAGUGAAUGCAAAUACCUUACGAGUCUUCCAAGAACCAUUUGUAGGUUGAGUUGUCUGAAAACUCUCACUCUCUCUGGCUGCUCAAAACUUGAGGAAUUGCCAGAGGACUUGGGAAAUAUAAAAUCUUUAGAGGAGUUUCACGCAAGUAAAACUGCUAUCAAACAACUACCAUCAUCCAUUAAUCAUUUGGAAGGCCUCAAAGUCUUAUCCCUCAGUGGAUGCAAGGGAACAAUAUCUCAGUCAUUUUUUUCAUCUUGGUUUUUACCAAGGAAACGUGAAGAUUCUAUGUGUUUGGUGCUUCCUUCUUUAACGGGUUUGUAUUCCUUAACAGAACUUGAUCUUAGUGAUUGCAAUUUGUCUCAAGAAGGGAUCCCCAGUGACCUUGGCAGCUUAUCCUCUUUGAAAGAGUUGAAUUUAAGCAGAAACAAUUUUGUCAGUUUACCUGCAACCAUCUCCCAUCUUUCUCAACUUGAAUCCCUUGAGUUAGUAGGCUGCAAGAGGCUAGAAGCAUUACCAAUGCUUCCAUCAUGUAUUGCUACAUUACUCGCAGAUGAUUGCCAUUCAUUAAUAAGCAUCGGAGAUCUGUGUACAAAAAAUAGAUCACUGCAGAAGGUCACAUUGACUAAUUGCUUUAAGUUGUCUGAGAAUAAAUGGAGUGAAAAUGUGGUUGAAAUGUUGAUGGGAUAUCUGUUUCAGAGGCUGUGUGUUGUAAAUUCUUCUUUUAAUAUUCAGUUUCCCGGAAGAGAGAUUCCAGAGUUGUUCUGCCAUCAGAAUUUGGGUACUUCAACAAAUCUGCAGCUGCCUCCAGAUUGGUGUAACAAGAGAUGUAUGGGGAUUGCGGUGUGUGCUGUUUGUGACUUUGCAAUUGUAAACUCACAUAUGUAUAUGGUUUUAUGUUUGGUAGACCGUAAUAAUAAACGGUGUACUCUUGGGUCGGGUUACUUUUGGAUUCCCACUGGUACGAACGUUGAUUCCGAACACAUCUUGCUUAGCUAUCAUCCAAUUCAUUUCCUUCGGAAUGGGGGUCAGAAUCCGAACAAAUGGUGCCAACUUGAGGUUUACUUUAAACUUGAGAAAAAGAAGAAGUUGUCUGCUAAGAAGUUUGGAUUCCAUGUAGUGUGCGAGAAAGAUGUGAAAAAUUGGAAGGAUGGAUGUGGGAAUUUGGGAAUCAAUGACGGGUCAGAUAAAGCAGCAGCAGUGGAAGACAAAAAUAAUACUCUCAAGAGAAAGCGUGAUGACUAUGACCCCCAACACCAUGACGACGCACAAGGCAAUGCCAGUGCGUCGUCUAAUGAUGAUAACGGCCCGCGCUCUAAGAGGGUGUAGCAUGAAUGCCUCGUCAUCGACUCUUCCUCGUGACCAAAUGCACGUCCUCUCUUGAAUUCUCUCUCUUUCUAGUUUCUACUUUGUUUCUCUACUUUUUACUCUCUCUGCCUCGACUCUUCCUCUCUCUUCUCUCCAAUUUUGGCUCUCUCUCUCUCUUUUCCAUUUCGCAACUCUUUUGAACAUACAAACCCUCUUAACCCUAGUCUUCUCAUCCCAUAUAUUAUUUUCUUGUUUUUGAUUCUUAUUAGCCAUUUGUAUUCGUCUUAUAGACCAAUUGCUCUCUUUUAUCUUGAGUUUUACCCUGUAAUUUGUAUUUGUUGAAUGUUAGAUUUUGUUAGUGUUAAAUAUAUGAAUUGUAUUGAAUUGAAUGAAUAAUAUGAGACUACAAAGGGGUUUAUACAGGA